CCCGGUAGCUUCCUGCUUCUCUCGGCGGACUGUUGGAGACCGGAGAGUUCUCCCGGGAGAGUUGUUAUCCCAAACUGUCGGUGCAAUCUGGAUAUUUAACCGCGAACCGGUACGUCAGCUAGCUGGUUAGCGACCCGCGUGACAGCUAGCUAGCCUAGCACGGCGCGGGACGAGCGAGGCUCACCUGGAAGCAAGCGAGGUCAGGGCCAGUGACGUCAUGGCAGGUGGGAUCACAGAGAGCGGGGAGCCCUACUCCCCUUUUGUGGGGCUGGUGUACAUGUUCAACCUGAUCGUGGGCACAGGGGCGCUCACGAUGCCCAAAGCCUUCGCCGAGGCCGGCUGGGCCGUCAGCAUCGCCCUCGUCUCCUUCCUGGGCUUCAUGAGCUACAUGACGACCACCUUCGUGAUCGAGGCGAUGGCGGCGGCCAACGCUCAGCUGCGCCUGAAGAAGAGGAAGCAGGAAGAGGUGGACGACGGCGACUCGACCUCCGAGUACUCGGACGACGACGUGGCGUCCGGUGGCCGGGCGGCGCCGGAGAGUAAGCCCAUCCUGUCCGUCCAGAGGUCGGGAGGUCACGUGGACAACUACGACAUCGUGGAGCGGGUGGAGAUGGGUCAGAUGGCCUCCAUGUUCUUCAACAAAGUGGGCGUCAACAUGUUCUACAUCUGCAUCAUUGUCUACCUGUACGGGGACCUCGCCAUCUACGCCGCCGCCGUGCCCAUCUCGCUGAUGGAGGUCGCCUGGUUCUGGUCUCUUCUAACCGGUGAACCCGUUUCCUCCGUCAGUGGGAACCACUCCUGCAGCGCUGGAAGUGUGAAGUACAACGACACCGACCUGUGCUGGGGCUCCGUGACCCGGAAGGACGCGUACCGGGUGUUUCUGAGCGUCUUCGCCCUCCUGCUGGGGCCGUUCACCUUCUUCAACGCCCAGAAGACCAAAUACCUGCAGAUCCUCACGUCGCUGAUGCGCUGGAUCGCCUUCACCAUGAUGAUCGUGUUGGCCCUCAUCCGUAUCUCUAAGGGCGCCGGUGAGGGCCGCCCCCCGGCCGCCUCCCUCUCCGGCGUGCCCAACCUGUUCGGCGUGUGCGUGUACUCCUUCAUGUGCCAGCACUCGCUGCCCUCGCUGGUCACGCCCAUCUCGGACAAGCGGCGCGUGGGCGCCUUGGUGCUGGCGGACUACGUGCUGAUCCUGGCGUUCUACGCGCUGCUGUCCUUCACCGCCAUCUUCUGCUUCGACAGCUCGCUGCUGCACGACAUGUACACGCUGGACUUCACGGACAACUGCAGCGUGCUGGACUCGCCCGUGCUGCGCUACUUCCUGGGCCUCUUCCCGGUGUUCACCAUCAGCACCAACUUCCCCAUCAUCGCCGUGACGUUGCGCAACAACUGGAAGACGCUGUUCCACCGCGACGGCGGCACGUACCCGUGGGUGGUGGACCGGGUGGUGUUCCCCCUCAUCACCCUGGUGCCCCCCAUCGUGGUGGCCUUCUGCACCCACAACCUGGAGUCCCUGGUGGGCAUCACGGGGUCCUACGCCGGCACGGGGAUCCAGUACGUGGUGCCGGCGUGCCUGGUGUGCUGCGCCCGGCGCGGCGCCGUGCCGGCGGCAUCGUCGUCGUCGGGGGGGCGGGGGCACGGCGGCGGCGUCAACAAGCACCGCUCGCCCUUCCACCACGCCUUCUGGGUGUGGUUCGUGCUGGUGUGGGCCGCCUCCUGCCUCAUGUUCGUCACCGCCAACAUCAUCCUGAACGACGUGAAGAAGUGAAUUCAGAUGUAUAUAUAAAUAUAUUGAUCUGUACACGAGGCCGUACUCGCUGCUGAUUGGACAGCGGGCCUUCUCACGGUACUGUCCUCGCAUUAUAUGUAAUUAAGUCAUUUAUCCGGGAAAAAAAGGGACCAAAGAGAAGCUGGGACGACGCAUGAUGGAUCAUGAAGGGGAUUAUUAAACAGGUUUCACCAGGACAUGCACAAAAAGUACUUUUUAGAAGAAAAAAAAGAAAAGAAAAAAAUAUAUAUAUAUAUUUAUAAAUAUAUAUUUAUAUAUAUAUAUAUAUAUAUAUAUAAGAGCUGGUGAACGAUGGAGGAGGAGCUCCGCCUCCGUGUAGCACCCCGGGGUGCAGGCAGGGUUCAUGACACCCGUCAGCGCCUCAUGGGGGGGGGGCGGUGUGAGCCAAAUGUAGUCUAGUGGUGUUGGGUUCACGGCACUCGGCAUCUUCCUCUCGAAGUUGUGCCUUUUUUGAAUGGACUUCCUGAUGCCCUUCACCUCCUGUGUCUGUCUUUCUUCUUAAAGGGCCAGCGCGUAGCAUUUAAGGGGGACUCCAUUGGGAGAAAUGUGAAUGUUUUAAGUGUUUUUUCUUUAGUUUGUAAUCCCCUGUGAACAAAAUGAGUCGUGUUUUUGUUCCCGUAUUAUUGUAUUUGUUGUAUAUCUACAUCCGGAGCCAGCCGCCAUUGUUUUAGAUUUUAUUUCAGUUUUUCACUUGUGAGAAGUUUCAGUUAGUUGUAAUAUGCGGACUCGUCACCAGAGGCCGCCAAAUCACACAGUAUUAAAGGAAAACAAGAAUUUAAUGUGAGUAUAAAAUAGAGUUAUACAAUCUAUCUGUAUUAAUCAUGACCGUCGGCUCAGACGCACGCAGAGAUCCUUAAAGCGCCGUCGUUACUUAGUUACGCCUCUUCUCCACGUUUACAUUUUUUUGUUUUUUAUGCGAGAAUUUAAAAAGAGAGUAGAAACCUGAGAUGAUUAUAAUUCAGUCUGCUGGCUGAUUAGCUAUUGAUUAUUCUUGUUUGUGCCUUUUUAAAAAAGUUUCCUCAGUUUUCCAGUCGAACUUUUGCACGUUAAACUUUUCAACGGACAAUCAGCGUCUUUGUUGUUUAGUUUGUUUUCACAAUUUUUACUUUAAUGUGUCGUUUAUUUGGAUGUUUGUACGACGGUUUAAUGGAUGCUCUUGUUUGACUUCUGUGAGAGACGAUAAUAAAAAAAUUCUGUUCCUCUGAACCUCACAAACCAA